UCUCAGAUAUCUGGUCACCCUUCGAGCAAAUUCUCUUUUACGUCCUUACGCGGUCAUCAAAACACGUGGCUUACGCUGUAAUUGACAAUUACAAGUGAAUUAACAAAAAAAACAACAUGCCAUUAGCUAAAGAUUUUCUCCAUCCCAGCCCAGCUGAAGAAAAGAGAAAGCACAAGUUGAAGCGACUUGUUCAAAAACCAAACAGCUACUUCAUGGAUGUCAAAUGUCCAGGUUGCUAUGCAAUCAAGACAAUCUUCUCUCAUGCCCAGAGACCCGUUGAAUGUGAUGGUUGUCGUACAAUCUUGUGCACUCCAACUGGUGGAAAAGCUCGUCUUACAGAAGGAUGCUCCUUCAGAAGGAAAGUUCAAUGCUAAUUUUGUCAAUACUUUUCAUUAUGAAUAAAUAAAAAUGUGAAAAAAAAAAAACACA